GGGAGAUCGUCUCUGUCCACUCCUGCUGGUGACGGCCGCCGGGAGCCGCCUGGGUCUGUUCCGCCUCACACAGCGACAGGUCACAGCGCACCAGGUCAAUGAUAUUUGGAGAAACCCCCCCAGCUCAGCUACUUCCCCUGGCACGAUGCUCUCCGGCAGUGUAGAAACCCGAAAAAAGGGAAACGCCUACAAUGCAGUGAAGGUGGAUCCCAACGAUGAUUACGUUACGCCAGGAGCAUUCGAGCUGGAGCGACUAUUCUGGAAGGGUUCUGUGAAAUUCGCUCAUGUCAAUGAAGUUUGGCCAGGCAUUUACAUAGGAGACGAGGUGACAGCAUUGGAUCGGUAUGCAGUAGAAAAGAUGGGGUUCACUCACAUCCUAAAUGCAGCCCACGGUCGCUGGAAUGUGGACACAGGAGAUGAAUACUACAGGGACAUGCCCAUUGAUUACUACGGUGUGGAGGCUGCAGACCUGACAACUUUCAAUUUGAGUGAAUUCUUCUAUCCUGCUGCCCAGUACAUUGACAGAGCUCUAAGCACACCUGGCUCCAAGAUCCUAGUCCACUGUGCUAGGGGUCGGAGUCGGUCAGCUUCUCUUGUGCUGGCUUACCUGAUGAUCUACAAGAACAUGACAGUGGUGGAUGCAGUUCAGGAAGUACUUAAGCACCGGUGCAUUUUACCAAAUCGUGGCUUCCUGAAGCAACUGAGAGCACUUGAUAUAGAGCUGGUGAUGGAAAGAAGCAUGGCAAAGAAUGGAAUCAGCACAACUGGAGAUGAGAAAGAAAUCUGUUAG